ACUUACUCUCCUCUCGAUCUAGUCAAUAGAAAUGAGACAAAGUUCAAAAUUUAAUGAAAAUUUUUCAAAAAAUAUACAUAUGAUCUGAUAAUUAUAUUUUCAUUUGUCGAUUAAAACGCAAAUAAUAAAAAAUGAUGAAAAUUAAACAAUAUGACGGCGAUUUUGGUGACAUCGAUCGAGGCUAACUUUGAGUAACGUCGACCGAAACGUGUAGUUGAUUUUAUUGGACAGACCACAGAAGCUAAAGAAGGUGAUAUACCAUAUAUUGCAUUGAUAUAAGAAUACUGGACGAUUCAUGCCGAUUUGCACCGGAGCUAACAUCUCUGAAUAUGACGUAUUGACCAAUGCAGUGUGUGCAUCGUCGUGUCAAUAUCCACCAAAUUGCUGAUUAUAUGUUGGGCGAUACAUGAUUAAUUCUGGUGGUAUUUAUCACACAUAUGUCGAAAUGGAUACGGUACCCUCUGGAUAUAAUCCCGCACUUCUGGAGUCUAUCAUUGAUUUUGGCAUUAUUCACACUGAAAAAAUUCCAUUAUGACAAACUAUAAAAAUCAUUAAAAUGACAAACCGCAGAGUGAAAGAAUAUGAAACUGCGAUGAUUUCCGGUUGGGGAUACGAAACUAACCCUAAAUUUGUUAUAGAAGAUAUUCCAAAACAAAAUGAAGUGCUUAAAUAUGGAGAAAUAUACAACCACAGUGGAAUAUGCGCAACUGGAAAGUCUUCAAUUGUCCGUUCCGCCAUUUCUGAUAUGGGUGCGCCAAUGAUAUAUCCGAGUACAACCGAACUGGCUGGAUUAGGCAACUUCCGUCAUCUUCAGGCUCCAUAUGCGGAACAUGAUAUAUUUUUCGACGUUUAUGUUUACGCAGAGUGGAUUCAAAACAACAUGUGCGCAAACGACAAUACUGUGAAUAUCGAUGUUGUGAACGAAAAAAAUCAGUGUUGUUAGAUAGGCUGGACAAUUGUCCACUUUUGCAUAA